AUGCCCGAUCAACAUCAAGCUGAAGAUUGGUCAGAGGAACAUGCAGACAAAUGUGCACAAUUAGAAUGGGUUGCAUUAGGAGAAUUGAUUCAAGCUUUACCAGCACAUCCACCAUUACCCAAUUUGGGUGAUAAAUGGACUGCUCCAUUAAAGGAAAUACAUAAUUGGAAGCAUUGGUUUUCUAUACACACAAAUAUUGUUACUUUGGCCAACAAUACUGCGAAUAUCUUCAAAAAUCUUAAACAUUUAACUGAUAAACGACGCCCAACACAUCAAAAUGCAGUCGAUGGUCUUUUGGCAGCAGUAACUGAUCUAUUAACUCAUGCUCUGACGAUUGGCAAGGCCGUUAUUUCCUUUGACCUUCGACCGCAUUCUCGUUCAAUUGUCAUUCAUAUUUUAAAUGGUUUUAAUAAAAUUGAUCUUGUGGGUAAUGACCAAUCGUCGUCGAAUCUACCCGCACGCUUUCAUGAACUACUCAAUAUGUUUCCUGAUAAUAAAGGUGUUGAACUGCUUAUUGUGAUUGGUGAUGAUGAUCAAGACGACACUGACCAGUCAUCUAUACCGCACGCAAAACUAAAACCUGAUAGAUUGAUUAUCACAACUACUGGUAAAGGUCGUUCGUUUGACACAUCUGAAAAGAGACGUCUACAACAAUCAGAAGCUGAUCUUCUUGUUUAUUUCAAUGCAUCGUAUCUUUUUUCGUCAUUAAAUAAAGACCUAUUCAAAUCAAUGCUGACUCGACAAAGACCAACGUUGUUAACGUUCGAAGAUGAAGAAGAAUUUAAUGAAGCAAAAACAUGUUUAUCGAUGAAAGGUGUUAAUAUUCAUCAAGCAGGUGCAAAUCAAUUUAGUUCGCUAAUCAUUCGACAGCGUCCCAGCAGGCCCAAUUCUGUCUACUCGACAAAUAGUUAUCAAAUCCUAUUGAACACCACGACUAUUAAUGGAAGUGUUGAAAGAAAUGAUGAAAAUUACUCUUUGUCUUCAUUGUCUCGUCAACAUCCUCAUCAAUCUUCAAUUGGUAUUCAACAUAGUCAUACACAAGUACAACAUCAACAAGCACUCAAUCCCAGUCCGAAACAGGUCAAUGGUAAAAUACAUAUUGAAUCUCUUUCGUCGUUGUCGUCCUCUUCGUCGUCGUCACAUAAUACGCAAGCAAACAACAACGGGACACCACUAGUAGACACAAACGUUCACAUAGUUUCAACAACGAACACGACGAAUGCUACUACUUCUGUUCAACCAUUGAUACGACCGAAUAAUAAUAAUAUUCGUCAACCAACUGUAGUACAACGACGGCAUCAUUCUCCAACGGCAACACCAUCGUCAUCGACUGCUAUUACUAAUACGAAACAUAAAGAAACACGUCCCAGAACUACUGCGAUGAUGACCACUAUUGAACCGACAAGACAUGAUUUAAAACCACAACCAAAACCACGUUUAUCUUUGAUUAAAACACCUGUUAAAGAGAGCGAAUUUGCUGCACCAGUAGUCAAUGGCAGUUUGGUGCAGCGUAUCAAACCAUUUUUUGAACAAUCAACUGCCGUAUCAUCACAAGAGCCGAAGCCUGUUAAGCAACAGCGUCCGCCUGUUUCGAUUCCUCAUUCAUAUCAAACAGGAAAUUCUUCGAAAGUCACAUGUCUUGACGACAUCAUUGAGCCGAAAAAAAUCUAUAUAACAUCGCCACCACCAGUUUCAUCACUUCCUUCAACAGAAACUUUUAUUGACAAGCGAACGGACGAAACUUUUUGCUCACCUACAUCGAUCGAAGUGCAUCAUCGUGAGCAACGAUCUGUAAUAACUACCGUAGCUAACAGUACCGCACAAAUUCCGAAAACAACUGUCGAACGUCACGCUGAUGAACGAAUAACAAAAACGUCUGCGAACAGUAUAUCUUCACCUUCAAUAAUUCCUAUUGAAAUACACCAAGAUUCACGACCUGUAAUGGGUACAACGACGAAUAAUUCGCUUCGUCUAUCAUCGUCAUUAUCGACCGAAAAUCGUUCGGACGAACGGUUAACCACUAGGAAUGCCACCAACCUCACCAACGCUAACACAGCUGUUGCCACUCACCAUCUUCCAACUACUUGCGUACUACCAGCUGAGACGCAUACAGAGAAGUCAUCUGUAUUAUCGGAGAACGUUUCGAAUUCUUUAUCAACAACCACAACAACAUCAGCAUCAUCAUCCUCAGCACCGCCACCGCGGCCACCUCUACCAACAAAGUUACCAUCCACCAAUAAUGAAGUAAUCUACACAGAAGUCAUUAAGAGUCAUGAACGAUCUUUACCAUUACAUCACAUCGAUCUUGUUAAAUCGCCAAUUAGUCCAUCUCGUUCAUUCAUCAUCCCAUCAAAAUCGCCGAGUCUUCUGUCUAAAAACUCGUCAUAUAAUUGUCAACGGCCAUCUCGAUCAACAACAACAACUACUGUACCGGCAACAGCUUCUAACUUUUCCUAUCAAAUCAAUAAAUCCAAACUUACUCAAUCGACGAUGGCACCCGAUCGAAUCAGUCUCUAUUCUCAACGAAGUAAUAAACAGCCGGACGUUGGUGUUGCAAUAAAAAAUCUCUCUGAAUGUAUUGAUCGCGUUGGCAUUGUAUUUGAUGAAACCAAUCGGCCAUAUGAUGCUCAAUCGACAGGUUUAACAACUGUUGACCUUAUUCGUGAACAAUUAACGACAUCAUCAGCACCACAGUCAACAGGAUCCCUGUUAGAUAAAUUAUAUAAAUCGAACAGUAGUACUCGCUUAUCUUCAUCAUCUUCACGAAAACCGUUAUCUAUUGCAAAUCAACGUUCCAAAUCUCAACAAGCACCGAGAACUCAACCUGAACAGCCACCAAUACCUAAACCCGCACCAUCUACACCACCAUCCCUCCGGCGACCAGUUGGUGUUUUUCUUCCACUUACAUCUAAGAAUAUUCAGGGACCUGAAAAAACAGUACCUGCAACAACUGAAAGCGAACAAGUAUCGACACUUGUUUAUCAAAAUCUUGAAUCACCACAACAACAACACUCUGUACAUGUUGAAUCAAAGCCAACUCUAUCUCAAACUCUUGACUUUACACUUAAACAACCGACUGCACCUGUUUGCAAUGGUAUACCCAAACCAUUUCGAAAGCCAACAGCCAUUAUUGAACCAUCACCUGUAAUUCCACCGACGCCAUCAACUACGACUCCACCUUCAGAACCUAAUUACAUUAAUCUUCCUCACAGAGAUGACCAACAUAUUUAUACCAAUGAAAACGGCCUUGUAUUUACUGGUAGUAGUAAUUCGAAUUCGUACACAAGUAAAAAUUCAAGUAUAUGCUCGACAAAAGAUAAACAAACUGUGCCACCACGUUCUGAGCCACACUACGCUGUAUCGAAUGUUGCGGUUUCGUCUCAACCAGAUCCAUCGGGCGAUUACGAUUCAUUCGAUGAUGAUUUAGUUGUUGACGACAAUGCCAAAAUUGAAAAGCCUUUGAAUUCGAAUGAUAAUACGGAUGAAGAUUCAUUUGAUGAUGAUGAAAAUCAACUUCCGCCACCAGUCAUUCCAUCAAAAGCUCCACCAGCUAAUUUCUUUCGUUCGACAUUGAAUCGUUUAACGCGAUCGAAUAAAUCGCUCGAGCGUUUAAACACAGAGUCGACUACGAAUGACUUUGUCCAAGAAACGAAUCCAUCGAAUAUAAACGACACAAAGACGAAGAAAACACUCCGUAGUAUUAAAGCACGCCACGAAGCAAAGAAAACCGGCAAUAUGUUCUUAAGCUACACAGGCGAUGACGAUACCACAUCAAUUGAUUCGAAUUGUUCCACUCAAACAGCUACGAGCUUAAAUAAAACAAGCAAUAAAUCAUCACAUCAUCGUUUCCGUCUAUUCCGUCGAAAACUUGAAAAGGAUUUUGCCAGUGAUACCGAAGCGGAAAAACAUCAAACUGAAGAACGACGAAAGAAAUGGAAUAAGAAGAUCCUCAAUGAUGCCGCACAAGAAUUGAAGAACAAACGUCUGCUGAUGAUGAGUGACGACGAUGAUGAUGAGAGUCAUCAUUUAAAUCUGAAAUCAAACGAAGAUGCGCAUAUCUACGAUCAUAUUGUCCAUGAUGAAACUCCUGCUACGGCUGAAACUGCUACUACCGACCGUAACCAUUCAUCUCGAAUGGGUAAAUUAUCGAACGAAACGCACAUGAAGGCGCCAACGAUAACGCUCGAUGAAAUUCGAUCGGAACUUCAGGCAGAGAUUGCUGCAAGACAAGAUAUACAAAUGCCGAACCAAUCUUUGGCAUCGUCUAAUUUAACUCUACAGAAAAAACGCUCGAAAUCAGUUACGUUUCUUGACGAACUACUGAGCGAUAACUCAAAGGAAAAGCUGACAAGUACACCUCGGCAAAACGAGACACAAAUGAAGCCAUCAACAACAGCGAAGCGUAUCGAAAAAGGAGAUGCACGAUCGAUCUGUGGUGCUCUAACGGGCACAGGACCGAUUCGUGGAAUAAUCAAAGCAGCAAACAAUGAUAUCACAGGUACAACAGCACCUGUUUCACCAUCAGCAGCAGCAGCAGCGAUUUAUCUGAGUGGAACGACUAUCGAAGCGCGAUGCACAUCGCCAAAAGUUACUGAACAUGCACACCGACCACUUUCCACAUAUACAGUUGGUUCAGCUCGAUUUUAUGAUGGAGCAGUGACUUCCUCCAAUACUGGGCCACCCCCACCAAUACCACCUCCUCCACCACCUUCAACUUAUUCUCACAAUCAAACAAGUAGUAGUUCGAACUAUCGUCCUACUCUCUCCAAUAUAUCUCAACACUCCACAUCAGAUGCCAAUCAACAUCAGCAGCAGCCACAUCAUUAUAAACGUCCGACUGCAAAAGUCAGUCCUUUUCAAACCAAAUCACCCAAUGAUCCAUCAUCCUCAUCACCAAUUUCUACUACAAAACAGACCAUACCCACAUCGAAAAAGCCAGUUCGUUCAUCAAUCAACCGAAAUGUUCAAAUGUCUUACGAUAUCACCAACGUUGCAACUCCAUCAGUAAGCGAAGGCGUCGGCGGUGUGUCCAAACGCUUACAGUCAAAUUUCUAA